UGGGUGUGGCCGGUCCGCCAUGUUGGCCGCUUUGUGGGCCGCGCUACGCGUCUAUGCCGUGGGCGUCGCGGUGACGAUGGUGCAGUUGCUACGCCGCCUGCGCGGGGGCUUCCGGCCUCCGGAGCUACCCCUGCAGGCGGACCGCGUGGCCAUCGUGACUGGGGCGACCAGGGGUGUCGGGCUGAGCACUGCAUGCCAGCUGGCGAGGCUAGGAAUGCGUGUCAUCGUGGCUGGGAACGAUGAGCACAGAGGCCAUGAGGUCGUUGCCAGGAUCCAGGAGGAGUCUGGACCUGAGAGUGCCCACUUCCUGUUUCUGGACCUGGCUUCGCUGUCUUCCGUCCGCAGCUUUGUGCGCAACUUUGAGGCCACAGCACUGCCACUGCACCUGCUCAUCAACAACGCCGGUGUUAUGCUGGACCCGAGUGGCAACACCAAGGACGGAUUCGAGCGCCACGUGGGCGUGAACUUUUUAGGCCACUUCCUGCUGACUUCCCUGCUGUUGCCAGCCCUGCGGGCCUCUGGGCACCAGGGACGCAAGUCGCGCGUCAUCACUGUCUGCUCCUCCACUCACUGGGUGGGCCAGGCGGAUGUGGCCAGGCUGCUGGGGCAGAGCCCUGCCCCCUGUGCCCUGGCUGCAUACGCUGGCAGCAAACUGGCCCUGGCUCUGUUCUCCUUGCGGCUGCAGCGCUUGCUCAGUGCCCUGGGCGACCCUGUCACUGCCAACAUUGUCGACCCAGGCGUGGUUGACACCGCACUCUUCGCCCAUGCUGGGUGGGGGACCCGCGCAGUGCAGCGCUUCCUGGGAUGGCUGCUGUUCAAGACCCCCGAUGAGGGGGCUUGGACCUCAGUGUAUGCAGCAGCAUCGCCCAAGCUCGAAGGGAUCGGAGGUCGCUACCUGCGGGACGAGGCGGAGGCUGAGGUGCUGGGGGCUGCGAGAGACCUGGAGCUGCAGGGGCAUCUGUGGGCAGAGUCUUGUAGACUGACUGGCGCGGCCUGGGUGGCGGUCGGGGAAUAAAGGUGUCAUCUUCCUGCUGCCUCA